AUGUGGUGUGUGUGUGUGUGUGAUGACAGUUUGUCGGCGUUCGUCAUGAGGAUCGUUCUGCUGCUCGUUCUGCUCACAGUCUCUCACAGUGACAGCAGGGGGGUCGAAGGUCGAGCAGGUGAGAGCGUCACUCUGACAUGUAAAUAUGACGCUCAGAAACAUGGCCGACUGUCAGCUUGCUGGAGUCGAGGAGAUUUAUCAAUCUCAGGCUGCAACAACCAGAUCAUCAGCAGAGAUAGACCAACGGUUUCCAGCAGGUAUCAGUUACUGGGACGACUGGAUGAAGGAGACGUUUCCAUGACGAUACUGAACCUCACAGAGACAGAUGCUGGACGAUAUGGAUGCAGAGUGGAGAUACCUGGGUGGUUCAAUGAUGAAAAACAUCACUUUGAUCUGACUGUUGACGCAGCUCCUCAGACCACAUCAGAACCAAACACAGGGGCGUCUACACAGACACCAGCCGCUCAGACUGCAGAUCACAUGACCUCCACAGAUCACGUGACCUCCACAGGGCGUGUCCUAACUUCCUCCACUAGCAGCACUGACGGCCUCGUGGACGAGGUGAGCAGCGGAGCAGUGCCUGUGGUUCUGGUGUGCGUUCUCUUCACGUUAAUAGUGUUGCUCACAGUGGGCGGAGCCAUCAUUAUGGCCAGAAAACGGAGGCGACUCAACAAAAUGCCUCAGCAGCAGCAGCAGGUCAACACUUUGCCAACUCUGCAGCUCCAAAGUCGGGGUUCGGCGGUGGAGAACAUUUAUCAGAUCAACGAAGACGGUGACGGAGGCGAGUACGAGUACUGUCCCUGAAGCCUGAAGCUCCGCCCACUGAGCUGCAGGGAGACAGGAAGACGACGAGCUCCGUUAGCUUUCAGCUACAUGGAAGGACAGUCUCUGGCUGAGGGGAGGCGUCCAUGUUUGUUCUGUCAGAUACAGUCGUUCCCUCAAAGUUUCACGGGUGUAAUUACAACAUGAACAUUGAUGUUAUUUAUAAGAUGUACAAGAUAUUUAAAAGAUGGAAAUUUGUACUGAUGAUAACAGAGCGACACAUGAACGCAGCACAGUUUCAACCCUCCAUUAAGUGAAGUUCGUGUCUCCUCAGAGUCUGCUUUGUAAAUAUCCUGAAGAUCUUCACAGGUGUGAUAUAACGGACAUAUGGUCAUUUUGACACGUGCAGUAUUUUAACCUUCACAUGACCAACAGCGUCUCUGUCCACGUCACUGAGUCACUUCAUUUUAUUUGACAGGAAGUAUUUCAUAUAUUUCUCAAAGUUUCAUUGAAUAAAACUUUUGAAUAACGUGACUGACGGUGACUGGACUGAUCUCUGUUCUCCUGUAGAACCAUCAGAGAACCUUUCUCUACUGUCACAUGACCUGUCACCUUUUCCAGCACUAAACCCGACAUCAGUCGUAUGAUCAGGGCUGAAGCUGCUGCUGAAGGGACCAAAGCUUCUCUUAAAUAAAGUGUUCAAG